UUUUACAAGUCGCUGUAAUGUCUACUGUGUUGUGGUGUCUUGAACUUCGUGCCUAAGACUUGAAACGCCCGACCAAACCUGUACAGCGGGAACGCGGAGGGAACGGCGCCCUUCAAGGGCAGGCUCAGGUGUCGAAAAUCCACCUCGUGUGAAUAAAACAGGAACUUGGCGAGGAGGAGAUACUGUAGUAGGUGUUACAAAGUUCACUCCGCAAAGCUGCUCACCUUUCAUACGUAGUGAAACUGGCAGGACUUUAACUCGAAAGAAAACUGGAAAAAACUAAAGAAGACCAGCGGAGCAAGCGAGGGGCUUUGGAAGAUCGACCACCUCUUUUUGUGGAACUGGGAAUUUUAUUCUUCAUUGCUAGCAAACUCAUUUCUGAAUAAUGUUUUCCCAUCUCAUAAUUGUGGCAGGGAUCAUUGUUGUACAUGGAGAUAAUCUUCCUAAAAAGAGUGUGGCAUUUACAUCUGUAAAUUUGGAGAAUAUUCUGAACUGGAAGCUAAGUGAGGACCCAGGAUACAAUUACACAGUACAGUACAAAAAGUAUGGUAACAAGAAGUGGGAAGAAAAACCUGAAUGUUACCAAAUUAAAGAACAUUCGUGCAACCUGACCAUGGAAACUCAAGACUAUAAUGAAGAGUAUUGUGCUCAAGUUAUCAUGGUUUCGGACACAGACACACAGAUCAUGCAAACAGGAAGAUUUAAUUCAAAACGUGAAACAAACUUUGGCCCUCCUGACGUGACCCUGAUACCAACUGAGAGAUCGAUAAAGUUUUCAGUACAGCUUCCUUGGAUUCCUUACACGGCACAAACACUGGACAGCAUUUACAAAGACAUUAAAUAUUAUGUGACGUUCAACGUUUCCAAGCACAUGCAAAAUGUGAUGAUAAACAGGACAUCUCAGAUUGAAAAUCUUUCUCCGGAAACAAAAUACUGUGGAGUGGUGACCUAUGAGAGCAGAUCCUACAUCAAGACAAGCCUGCCCAAAUACUUCUGCAUCACAACCCUGCACGAUACCUCAUGGAUUAUCAUAUCAGCAAUUGCUGUUUCAUGCUCCCUGGUGAUCCUGAUCAGUAUUUCUCUCCUGAUGCUGGGCAGAUACUUGAAGGUCAAAAUAAAGAUGCCAGAUUCUUUGACUCUAAAAGAUAAAUAUGUAUGGCUGCCCCCUGAGUCAGAUGGACCAAAGCAAAUUAAUCAGGUUUCAAUUGUCAAUCUGGAUCUCUCAAUGCCACCCUUCAAGUUGUUACUCUCUGGACUACCACCCCAACAGUCACCAAAAGCAUUUCCCAAACAACCUGAGCCAGAGAGUCCAAACUCCUACCUUUCUCAAACAGUGGAGACACAACCCUUGUUGAUGAACUCUGGAAGCACAGGGUCUUCAGGUAGUAACAGUUAUGGUGAAGUUGUGCUGGAGGCAGCAAACAAAGAAAAUCAGUGGCAAACAGUUGGUGGUACCACUGAAAUCUCUCUGCCAUGCUAUGCAUCCCAGAACAACGGAUGCAACUGGCGGUCUAUCAUGGUUAGUCCAAGGCAGUUAGUUCUUCAAACAGAAGUUAAAAAUGGCUGCCUUAUGCUUACCAGUUUUCCUUUUGAAAAAGAACCAUCUACCUCAUCAGUGAUACCAUUUACUUCAAAUGAGCAAACACAACAAGGAACAACUUAUUUCCAAAGGACACAAAAUCAAUCGAUUGGUUCACAGAAACUUCAGUCAUAUUUGCCUAAUUCAGAAAGAAAGUCUGUGGACAUGGAAAGACCUCAGUUGGAUAUAAUAUCUAUACCAAAUCCAGAGAAUCAAGAAAUGGACAGUCUUUCAUGUCCUAGUUUAACUGAGGUUAUAGAUGGAGAUUCAUUGUUCCAAAAGUGGGAUUUGAAAAUUUCUAUAUGAGAAGCUUCAAGUCAUUUUCUAUAUUAAGUGAGCCAAGUACUGCUUGGCAGAAAUAACCAAGGUAGGUGGAAUUCUGUAAUUCCAGUUGAUGUCACCAUUGCUUGUUACACAUGGUUUUGAAGGUGGUGAUCACAAGAUGUCAAGGCCUUCCAAAAAAACUGCUGAAACCAUGUAAAGUGGAACUUGCCCUUUGGAGGGGGCUUUUUUUACUCACUGUAUUUAUAAGGCGUUUCAAAAUCGCAGAGGAACACUCUGAGCACUCUUAUGUUUCUACCUGUCCCAAAGCCGCAUACACAGCAUGGAUAAGAGAUUAUCUGGUCUUUCAAGCUGUUCAUGCAAUUUUCAUUUAGAAGGAAGAUGUGCUCAUUGAUUGAUGCCACGUACAUCACUGUAGAUUAAAAUUCAAUUACAGAUAUGUUUGCCUUUUUUAAUUAAAAUUAGGGCUUUAGAUGUGCAGGGUGAGUAACCGCAUACUUAGAUAAACCAAAAAACCAAUAUAGCUUGGGGGAAAGGCCAAAGUUUACUUUUUUUGUUUGUAAUAAGGAACUUUUAUUCAUAAUGAGGAUGGCUCCUUCUUAAGCAGACCAUUCACAACCCUUUGGCAUAAUUUAUAUUUUAAAGAAAUGAAGUACUAUUGCAAUUGCUGCUCAUUAUUCAGUGGAAUUCAUUCACUUUAAUAAACUGUAUUGGAUUAUCUACUGGAAACUUUAAAUAAUACAAGAAGAGACUUUGAUAUUUAUACUGUGGUAGAGCUUUUCAAAGAUACAGAAAUUCAGGGGUGUUCUAAUAAGGACAUUUUAAUAUAGUGACAGAAAGCAUAUUUCAUCUCAGGAUAACAUUUUUUCAGGUAUAUUUAAAAAUGAAGAUGCAGAUCUUGGCUGAAGUGAAUUCAGUGUGGAGUUUGUAGGUGUUUUGUAUAUGAAGUUCCACGUCUCUUUCAAGAUGGAGGAGCACACUGGUUACCUUGUACAGUCAAAUUUCUCUGAUGUGAGUGCUUGUGUGCACCCUCUGUUUAUUUCACCCUCACACCACAUAGCUCCUAACUGGGAGAACAGCACAAGCCAAUUCUGAAAAUGAAUGAAUGGACACACAAAACACUUUAGCCUUUACAGAGGUAUGAAUGAGCCUUCAUUCGAUUUGUGUUUCUGAUUUGGGUCACAAUGAUUCCCUGUGAGCUGCUUGGAACAUCAGUUUUUAGAUCUUACACCACCAUCCAAGAAUGGACACUGAGAACACGAGAACAAUUCUGAUGAGAACAGAACAUUCAGCCCAACAUAUUGUAGCUCAUCAAUCCUUAUUCACCUAACUUCACACUUCAUUCCAUUUGUGGUCCCCAAAGUUCUACCAUCUACCACCUUACUUGGUAAUAUAUUUCACAAAUCUAUGGCUCCCUGUGUGAAGAAAAUCUUUCUAACAUUUAUCCAAAAUGUACAUUUAACCUUAGCUUCAUCUAUGGCACUGUGUUUUCUUUGAUGAAUUUGUUUUAAAUUUACUUGCAGAAUCUACUGAACUAAUUUCUUCAAAAAGUUUAAAAUCUUCAGUUAUGUUUCCAUUUAACUCCCAUUUGCUAGACCUGAAAAACAAUCUUUGCUUAUAGCUCAUACCUUGUAGUCCUGGAAAUGACCUUCUCUAUGUUCUGCCCGCAGAGAGAGACAGAGGGUCUUUUAAACUGUAGACAGAAAAUGUGCCAAGUGCAUGACAGGGAAAUCAAAACAUUCUUUUGUCAAACUCUAAACAUUGAGCAGAAAACCAAGAAGCUUUAACAAAACCUACAUGUUUUUAUACCAUAAAUACACUAAAACGUUAAGGUACAGAAUACCUUCACUGUCAAGAUCUCAGAUAAAGGAUGCAUGUCGACCUUUGUAUGGUGACUCUUGGGAUGUCACACACUCUGGUGACAUCAGGUAUUGUACACUGAGGGUAAAGGUCACAUUGGAAGCCACAAUGCUAAAUUGUAGAAAAUGGUCAUGCUGGUAAUUAAACAAAUCUGCAUCUGGAAAUACCAAUAUAAAAAAUAAUAACUUGUGAGACUAGCAUGAAAAAGCUAAAUGUCAGAAAUGGAUUAUUAAAGAGGUACUCUAUGCAAACAAUAUGCAGAACAUUAGUGAAAAAUGUCCAUCAUAGCACUCUAGACUUUCUGUUGUGCUGCUCCCUCUUUUUUGUAACACAGAAGCCAAAACUACAGCUAAUAUUCCAGAUUACAGGUUUGCUCACAACAUAUAAAGCUAUAGAAUUCAUUCUCAUAAAGUGUAGUUUGAAGCUUCAAAUCAUCAUUUCAUAUUCAGAUCUAACACUUUUACCUCCUAAUUGUAAUAAUUAACAUUUAUUUACAUCAAAUUUCACCUGCCACUUACCUGUCCGAAUUCUGUCCAGAUGCAUCUGUAAUGAUUCUAAUGGCUCUAGGGUAUCUCCUAGUUUAGUGUCGUGUUUGUUAUAUUUUCAUUAAGAUCAUCUACUAUAUAAUAAACAGCUAAGGUCUGUGUGUGUGUGUGUGUGUGCGUGGGUGUGUGUCCUGUCCCUCAGAGCAUUCUGAUUGGUCAGUUUGGCUUAGGUGUGAUUGGUCAGUUUGACUUUAUUGGUUUGAUCAAAAAGGAAAGUAUGAGUGUGAGACACACAAGGAGGAGUACGGUGGUAGGAAGUGUGCUGAGAGUCGUCUUCAAAGAGUCUGAGAAAGAGGUUUUAUGGGAAUGUACUCGAGAGACAGAGUACUGGUCAAGGGAGAUUCAGACACAUGAGGAUACUAAAGAAAGGUGCGGAAGGUACACAUGGGGAAAGAGAUUUCACAUAUUUUUACAUUUAUUCCAUUACCUGUCUUGGACGGUUACCAUGGCUAGUUUAUAUUUAAAUUAGAAAGGGAAGAGCCCCCAGCACCGAUCCUUCAUGGAUGCCACUUUCAAAAUGGGAGCAAAAUGUUCCUCCCUUUAUUUCCUGCACCCAUUUACUUCGUGCCACUUGAAUUUACAUUUGAUCACUUCUCUGUUAUUUGGUACAGUAUCAAAGGAUUUUUGAAACUGAAGAUAAUAAUAUUGUAAGCUCCUGUCUGAGCAGGUGCCUUUGUUGCUUCCUUUUGUUGCUUGUAGCAGGUUAGUUGAAGUAUGAUUUACCCAUCGAAAAAACGGUGUUGACAACUUGCUAAUACACCUGCUCCUGACAUGUCCUGCUCAAGCAUUUCUGUAGUAACUUACUUAAGAGAGACAACCAGCUGAAUGGCUUAUAGUUAGUAGAAUUUGCCUGCUCACCUUUUUAUGUACUGGGACAACACUAGCCUUUACUCUAUAUACUGUAGUAUGUUGAAUGGUGCCCUCAGCCCCCUGGUGAACACAGAUCACAAAACCUAUUUUUAAUUAAGAUUAAUAGAAAUGAAAUAAAAGUACAGCCACUGCUGUGACCAUUUUAGAUGACCCAGCUUCAUUAUGCUUCACUAUGCAGAUCUGUUUGAACACGGAAUAAUAUCCUUCUUGAUUUGUAACUGCCUAAUGCUAAAAUUAAUUUUAAUUCUCUUGGUGUUCUAAAAAAACACAACACAUCAAAUCUGCAUACCCUCGAAACAUGUGUGCCAUCACAUCAAUGCAUCACUUGAGGGGAAAGAAGAAAUCAGAACAAAGUGCAAGCAGAUUUGCAAACUGCCAAAGCUGUUUAGCCCCCAUGUGCGAUUGUGAUGAUAUGAAGCUGCAAACACCCAUUCUAAUUUGACAACAUAACGUGCCUUCCCUCUGUGACUGCUUGUAAGAAAUAAAGUGUUAUCAGAAUUAAAAUACAGGGCAAACAGCAUGUGCAAAACGGAGCAGCCACAACAUGUGGGGCUUUCAAGCUGUGGGGAAAAUUGAAGUUUAGCUGAAAAUAGCUUCAAUAAUGGGUGAUGAAGGCUUGAAAAUCUGGAUUGAGGGCAAAAAUUUCUGUGGUUUUAAUUCAAAGUUUGCAACUGUUGAUUUUAAAUGUUCUUAAUUGCUAACAUAGUAUAUAUGUAUAGUUAUACUGUACAGGUAUCCCAUUAUUUCUUAUAUAAUACACAUCUCAAUUCUGAUCCUGCAUUCACUGUACAGGGUCACAUUCACAAUGCUGUUGUCUACUCGCCUGUCAAGGAACAAAGGGCAGGAACCAACGUCAUGAUGCUGGAUGGUGGAAGAAGAUGUGGGCAAAAAGGUGUAUCUGGACAGAGAGACCAAAGUUACACACACAGUAUAUACAGCACAUACAGUAUAUGCAGAAUGUUACAAUCCAAUAAAAAGUAAAUAAGUUUACUGCAGAUAUCCAUAUAAACGAAGAAGGAAAUUUUUUUAGGUUCUUCCAUACAGUGCUGAUGCGAAGUAUUCACCCCUUGGAAAUUUUGCCAUUUUAUUGUUGUACAACAGUGGAUUUAAUUUGUGUUUUUUGACUCUGAUCAACAGAAAAAGACUUUAAUGUGAAAGUGAAAAACCGAUCUCUGUAAAGUGGUCCUCACAGGUGGUGCAGUGGUAGUGCUGCUGCUUUGCAGUAAGGAGACUGUGGAAGAUUGUGGGUUCGCUUCCCGGUUCCUCCCUGUGUGGAUAGCGCUUUGAGUACUGAGAAAAGUGCUAUAUAAAUGUAAUGAAUUAUUAUUAUUAUUAUUAUAUGUGUAUAUACCCCCUUUAGUAGAUGCAACUUUGGCGGCCAUGACAGCAUCAAGUGUGUGUGGAAAGGUUUUCUGUGUGGACGCUGCAGAUUUCUCCCAUUCAUCUUUGCAAAACAAGCAAAAAAUCCAGAUUUAAUCUACUGUGAUUCAAUGUUGUAAAAAAAUAAAAUGAUGAAACUUUCAAGGGGUUCAAUACAUUUUAUUCCUCAUAACUACAUGACUGGAAGUCAACCACUUAUCUGUGUUAUCAUGGCAGUCAUUCUAUAUAAAAUACACAAAGUACACACUUUGUUUAAAGUAAAUUGAGGACUAAAGAUUUACUGUCGUUUGUAGGGGAAAAAUACAAAAAUCGGCGUAGUACGGUCCAUACAGCACUUCCAUAGAAGAUUUAUACAAUAUGAUCCAAUCGAUUAUACUGUACAAUUAUAUAGAAUCAAGUACACUAACUUACAUAAAAUGUAUUAUAUACACAAAUAAAUGUAGAGUAAAAUGAACCAGAAAUAGAAUGAAAUGGACAACUUAAAUACUAUUUACUUUGAAACUAAAUGCAUUAGGUCAAAUGAAGUAAACAAGCUGCAUAGACAAACAGAUCAGUAUGGGCUGGCUAAUCACCUCUGAGCACGUCGACAUUUACAGAUCUGCUGUAGAGUGCGAGUGUGUGUGUGUGUGUGUUUGUGAGUUUGUUUCUUUGUCGUCAUCGUCAUCAUCUAACAUGUGAUCUGGUAGAGCAAAAAAACAGCCGUCAGUUAUCUUCGCUUAUAAAUUUCUUCUUUGUGUGUGUGUAUACUUGUGUCUUCCUCUGUGUGUGUAUAUUUAAAUAAAUCAUUUAUCUCCAAAACUACCUGUGCAAAAAUUUUUACAACUCAGUAGAUGCUACGGCUAAACAGAGUAGACUGUAGAAAUCCCAGUUAAAUCAGGCCAUUUCAAUGGUAGUUACCAUUGGGCAUACAUAAAGUAAGCAGACCUGGAGCCCAUGACAAGACAAACACAGAUAGGUGAUUUUAUUCAUAAAUAGAUAGGCCAUUUUUUUGCAAGUUUUAAAUGUAUAUCAACCUCAGCAUUCAAGGCUGAUAUGUUAGAAACUACUCUUUUGAAAAGUUUGCACCUUUGCUAGGAUGAAGUCUUCCAGGAUUUCUACACAGUACAAAAAAUGUCAUCAUUUUCUGAUGAAAAUUGUGACUUAAUGAUGUGAACAUUUCCGCAGUCACACAUACAGACGUCGUGGUAAUCUUGACAGUUUGAAUUUGGUAGAAUCAGAAUGUGAACUUAACUCAAUAGCAAAUUUUUGACCCCAUCACUAAAUUUCCACUUACAUGGAAGUAUAAUUAGUGUUUGAAUUCCGGAUUUGAAUAUCACUUGUACUCGAGUUUUGAAUUGCCCCAAGAGCUUUGCUUUUUGAUCUCUGUUAUCAUUGUUCACCAAUACAGUAUUUGAUUCAUCUGGUGAUCCUUCUUAAAAAACUUUUUUAGCAAACACUAAUACCCGAUUUCUGUCACUCUUCUAAGCAAUUGUUGCUAAAAUAUACAAAGCAUUUGAGUUUUUAGCAAGAAUGUGCAAUGGUAUCCACAAUACAGAACCGAGUUUAGUGGGGCACAAGAAGCGUAUUGAUGUAAGUUGUCCAAAAGCUACAGGAAAACAUAACCAGGAGACAGAUGCAGCCAGAACACUUGUUAAUAUCCAGGAGUGACAAAGGAGGAGCAGAAAGGCUAAGCAGCCCCAAAAUGCUUUGCGCCAUUCUCUAAAGUAGAAAACGCCUAAUUUUUUCAGGCAAAGAUUUUAGUGUUUCAUCUAGUAUUGAUUUUGCUGUAAUAUUAUAAAAUCGUUCCAUCCUUUUAAGAAAGAUGACCAGUAAAUAGAGACAGCCAUAGUGCACACUACACUUUCUCAGACCCUCAUCCAUUGCAGACAAGAUGCUAAAGUUUCAUUUGUUCAUCUGUUUGUUUUUGUUUUACAUACUUAUCCAGUUAUGGAUUGCAUGGGCCUUUUAAAAUGUGUCCUGGUAGGAAGGUGGAGGGGGCACCAAUCCAUUAUAAGGCCCACUCACACUCAUUCAGUUUAAAGUUGCCAAUAUACACAAACUUCUUUGCUAUGUAGGAGGAAAAUCAGAGAAGCCAGUGGGAGAACAUGCAGACUCCACACAGAUAGUAACUAAGCCAGGGUUCAAGCUCUGACUCUGGAGCCGUGCAGCAGACGUCUGUGCUGUCCCUUCAUUUUUUACCUUCUUAAACUUUUGCAUCCAAAAUCCAAGACUAACAUGCAAACACUUGAGAGUUUGUGCAGAUGGACCCAGGCUUUGGUGCCCUUGUUGUUUAUGUUCAUUCUGCUUUGAAGUCACUGAAGGAAGAAACAAAAAGGAGAAGUUGAAGUAAUUCAUUUGUUGAAAUGUCAUAUCUGUACUACUGCUAUUUAUUAUAUACUUCUUUGUACAUAUUAAAAUAUAUGUAUGUAUUGUAGUUUGUUUUUUUCACAUGUCACAACUCUUUGUAUGCAAAGUAUAUUAAAUCAUAAAGUAGAAGUGGUCACGUUUUAUCAACAAACUUCAUUUUGCAAUAAAGAGUUUUUGUUAAAUGA